CAGUGACGCGCCUCAGCCAGCGCGUGGCUCCGCCAUGGUUUCAGCUCCAAAACGUGCGUGAACACGACGAUUUGGAACAAUUUUGUAAAUUCAUAAACCAACUAACCAACUAAGUUUCCUUCAGAGAGAUUCAUUGCUCUCCAAACAAAAACCCUUCGUCGUUCGCUCCAUCAAAACCCUAGAUUCCUCUCCCUCCUCACAUUCUUCGGAGGGUCAUUUGCUUGGUGCACUGGUAAAAUGCUCGGGCUAUAAAGCACGAGCCACUUCAUUCAAGUAAGUUCGAUGCAAUCCACUCCUCUCUGCGUCCUCGAUUAGUGGAGACCACACUGGAUAAUGACCCUUUUCAGAUUUUGUGAUUUGGAUCAAUAAGAGAUGGGCUUGUAUGCAAGGAGAGACUCAAUGGCAACAUGCUACAUUGGUUGAGCCACGGAGGGUUGCUUGGAAUUUCUUAUAUAAUUUCCAAAGCAUGGAGUUGGAAGAUAAAUCCCUUAGUAAAGUCUCUAGUGUUCGAAGUCUUUCUUCAAGUGUGCAAAGCACCCCAGAGAAAAAUGGACAUUCAGAUGAUGCAUCAAGAAGUCCUGAGCUUCUCCAAGAGUUUUUGAAAUCAGGCCCAAAGAAAGAACUUUUUCAAACCUGUUUUGAUAAGGAAUUGAAAUACUCAGCUUCAUCUAAAUGCAAAAUGACUGAACAACUUCCAAAGACAAGUAAGAAAACAUUGAAGAAUCUGGAACAAAGGAAAGCAUCUUCAAAUGCGAAGGAUCAGCCUUUAUCUAGGAAACACAGGAAGGGAGAAAACCCCAUUCGAAUUCCACCAGCUACGGAGCAGUCUCCAGAUUUUGGAUGUUCAAAUUCAUGGAUCUGUAAAAAUUCUGCAUGCAAAGCUGCUCUUUCCAUAGAUGACACAUUUUGCAGGAGGUGCUCUUGUUGCAUCUGUCACUUAUUUGAUGACAACAAGGAUCCUAGUCUUUGGUUGGUUUGCACAUCUGAAUCUGGUCAGGGAGACUUCUGUGGGUUAUCUUGUCACAUUGAUUGCGCCCUCCAACGUGGAAAGGUGGGGGUUGUAAAUCUUGGCCAAUUGAUGCAGCUAGAUGGGAGUUAUUGUUGUGCUGCUUGUGGUAAAGUUUCAGGAAUACUUGGAUGUUGGAAAAAGCAGCUGAGUAUAGCAAAGGAUGCUCGCCGUGUUGAUGUCCUCUGUCAUAGGAUGUUCUUGAGUUACAGGCUCCUGGAUGGAACUUCCAGGUUUAAACAACUGCAUGAAAUUGUUAGCAAUGCCAAGACCAAAUUAGAAACAGAGGUUGGUCCAGUGAAUGGAGUUUCGUCCAAGAUGGCACGGGGCAUCGUCAGCAGACUUUCUGUUGCAGGUGAUGUGCAUAAACUCUGCUCUCUUGCAAUUGAGAAGGCAGAUGAAUGGCUGGCCACCAUUUCUAACAGGAAUCCAAACUGCGGAGAGGGCUCACUUCCUGCAGCUUGCGGAUUCCUCUUUGAAGAAGUGACGUCUUCUUCAGUUGUGAUUGUUUUAACUGAAAUAUCUACUACGUCAUCUGAUGAUACGAAGGGCUACAAGCUUUGGUAUUGCAAGAGUAGAGAUGAGACAUAUUCUAAAGAACCUAUUUGUAUCUUUCCAAAAGAGCAGAGAAGGAUUUCGAUUUCCAAUCUGCUGCCGUGCACAGAGUACUCCUUCCGGAUAAUUUCUUACACGGAGGUUGGUGACCUGGGACACUCUGAGGCAAAGUGUUUCUCCAAGAGUGUGGAGAUAAUUCACAAGAAUUCCAACUCAGCUGCCAUGAGUUCUAAGAAAGAAAUUCCCCUGAUUGGAGGAUUUUCCAAUGCCGAAAAGCAGCCCAAGACUACAGUAGCUGGUGGAUCUUCCUCUGAAUUCAAGGUUCGAGAUCUUGGGAAGAUCGUGAGCUUAAUUAAGGCUCAAGAACAAGGUUGCUAUGAAGGGUUUUGUGGUGUAGAUAUGGGAAAACGCUGUGGAGUUAAUGAAGGGAUACCUGAAACUUUAGAAGAAAACCAGUUGCCAUCUGUUUCACAGGGACUUGACUUGAACAUUUCUUCAGUACCUGAUUUAAACGAGGAGCUACCUCCUCCAUUUGAAUCCCCUGGGGAUGAAAAUAAUGGGUGCGCUUUGGGGCAGGCCGUUGGGGCAAACGAUGGUGCUGAUCAUGCUGUUUCUCAUGACAUUGAGAAGAAUGGCCUAGUGAGAUCCUACGGUAGUGGUGACUCCCAGGAUUGGACCCAUGGACCAGCUGGGGAAGUGCCAGCUGUUGAUUCCCAGGCAGAACAGUCCAGGAAAAGGGCGACAAGCUCGAAUGAAGAGACACACGACAACGAUAGCACUCUGAUUAAUGGAUCACCACUUCGAAUCUGCAAUGGAUCAGGUUGCUUGGAUAAGAGUUUUGAGUACUGUGUGAAGAUCAUUCGACAGUUGGAAUGUGAAAAUCAUAUUACAACGGAAUUUAGGCUGAAAUUUCUAACGUGGUUUAGCCUAAGAUCAACCGAACAGGAACGCAGGGUGGUCAACACCUUUAUUCAAACUCUGAUUGACGAUCCAAGUAGUUUGGCAGGACAAUUGGUUGACUCCUUCUCAGAUAUCAUAUCCAUAAAGAAGCCACGGCUUGGUUUCUGUGGUAAGCUGUGGCAUUGAAGAUGGAAAAAAUUCUACAACACAGUAUUGACAUUUAACUAAAUAUCUAUCUUUUGUACGAUAAAUUACUGCCAAGCGUUGCUCUCAUUCUUUGUACAGGCAUUUUUUCUUAGUCACCGUCAAAAGUGAUUGAUUUGUGCUCCGGACAAGCCUGUCUGGCUAAAAGAUUUGAGUUGCUGUUUGCAGAGGUAGUUCCUUUUGUUAACAGCAGGGAGAGUGCUUGGAUUUUAGAUUUUGCAUUUUAGAAGGCAUUUGUCAUCUCUGAAACCUUUUUAUUUGCAUUUGAACCAGUGGAAUUGAUUAGUCAUGGAUAUUACAUUGAGACAGUGUUAUUAAUGUUUUCAAUUAUUUAUGGAAGUGUGGAUAAAUGUUUCACAGUUCCAAAUCCUUCUUCUUUAGAUUAACCUGUUCUUCUUAAGAACAAGAAAGCAGCUACAUUUUUCUCCUACCAUUACCUUCUGGGUAGGAUGUAGUGAUUGAUUAUUGCGUACGUGACUCGUAUGCGGUCAUUCUUUCUCUCUCUCUCAAUGCAGUGAUAUUAUUUGUUCGUGAA